CAAGAUGUCCGCCAUGAGCACGUCCAGAGCAAGAAAAGUUGAUCCGAUGGGCAAGAAAAUACACGCAAACCCAAAAUAUAAACAUGUGAAGGCGACAGUUGACACUGGUGCCAGUUUGUCGAAAUAUUUGGACAAGAUCGACGAGAUUCGAAGAAACUAUCGCUACAGAAAUGAUGAACUUUUCAAACGCAUGAAGGUCUCAACAUUUGUACAAUUGGUUAUUCAGGUAGCUAACUACGAGUCUAUGCAGUCAGAACCAUUUCCAGAUAAUAUUAGUGAAAGGCCAGAUACAGCAGACAGUGAGGUUAAAAAAAUCCAGGCAGGUGGAGACAGUCCUACGCCUUCCCUGGCACUCACAGAAAAUGAUUAUGGACCAGUUCCUCCUGAAACAGCAAGGUCAACUUUUGAAAGCAUUGCCCGUGGUGUGGGAGAACUUGAUAUCGAGAAGCCUGUUCCUCCCCCUGUAAAUCGGUUUGUUGACCACUCCUCGCCUUACCUUCUUCUUGACGUCCGUGACGCUGAUGCAUAUAAUCAGUGCCAUCUGAUUUCAGCAAAGAGUUUUCCCUCAGCUAUGUUGUCACGGUCUGUGAAUGGAGAAAUCAAAGAACUGCUUGUAUAUAAAAACCAGCCAGGUAAAAUAAUUGUGCUGUAUGACGAGGAUGAGAGAAUAGCCCCAAAGGCAGCAUCGACUUUGGUGGAAAGAGGCUAUGACAACUUAUUUCUCUUGUCAGGAGGUUUGAGAAUAGCUGCAAAGCUGUUUCCGGAAGGAUUAAUUACUGGCACACUUCCCCAGUCACUGACCCAGCAAAAGCCCAAGCAAAUUACCACUGCAGAAAGGAAGAUAUUUUCCAGGAUGGACCUGGACAAACUGCAGAUCUACCUGGAUGGAGCCCUUCAAGACAACAGCAUAGGAAGUUCAGCUAGCAGAUCAGGUCGACUAAGCAAAGCGGGAACAGCAUCAAGUCGCAUGAGCAGUACAUGUCCUUCUUACAUGUCACAAGAUACUCUUGGAAGAAAGCCAUUCAGACCCUAGCAACUCCUAGUAUAGUAAGUGAGAUUCACUGUCUGGCCUUGAAGCACAAAGAUGGGAUGCAGCUGCUCUGAUCUGAUCUCCAGGCUACAGAUCUAAUAAUAUGAUAUAUGUGUACACCUUUCUCGUAGUUUGAAAGUGGUCUAAAAAUUAGGAUCAGGUGUAACUGUUACCCUCAUAAAGUGUACAGCAUUUUGAAUAGGUGUACUGAUAUUUUUCAUGGGGAAACAUUUUCAUUUAACUGAUUGUUUUGGAAUGAUACUUCCAUUACAAAGAGAAAAGGUAGAAAGUUAUUUCAUAAGCAUCAAAAUGAGGAAAGAAAACACAAUACAUAUCUUUAAUACCAUGGUUUGUUUAUGUUUAUAGUACUAAUGAAUGCUAUGUAGUCUGAAUUUAUCAUUGGUCGCUGAUAAGUCUUAUUAAAGUCUUGCUUAAUGAUGUCAUGCUCUUUAUCACAGACUUGAUAUAAAGAGCAUUUAGAGCGUACAUGGUGUAUGUUUGCCCUGUUACUUUGUAUCAAGACAACAUUUUCUUGAAAUUUUUAAGGGGGGGGGGGGCGAAAAGUAUAAGUUAUAUAUGGAGCAGAUUCAACAUAUGUCUGUAUAUGUGCCCUUUCAUGCAUUCCAUGGAUAGUGGGGAACACAGGAAAAUUUAAGUUUUACCACUCUGCAUUUUAAAUGCUUGUAUUUUAGAGUGGCUUUUGUUUCCUUUUGUAGUAUGUGUGUGUGUAGAAAGUUUAAUUCAGUUCUUACCACUUACACAGGCUGUUAUCUUUUGCAUGUGAAAAUUUAAUAUUUUGAUAUAAAUCCACACAAUCUCACAAAAUGAUGUAGCAUAGCAGACCAUGUUUGUCUCCUAGAAGGCUAGAAUUCGUAGGAUUUCAGACUGUGCGAAACUUAACAGCAAAUGGUAUUUAACAUCAUUACCUGUAAUCCAGUCUUAACAAAAAAAUGGUUUUGAAAUGGUUGAUAAUUUUUACAAUGCAUGUGCUGUGAAAAUAAUUCAGAAUCAGUAUUGAAUUUGUUUUUGUAUUCCUCACUAGCAACAUUCCUUUUAGAUUAGUUUACAUUAAGACUGAAGGUAGUAAUGGCUGCACUAAGAUCUGAUGUGUUGGAAGAGGUUUAUUGAGUCUUUCGCUUUUUAGAUGAUAUAAUAACAUUUAUAUUCAGAAUUACCGUUGACAUCUUGCGAAAUAAAAUUCCUGUUAUCUGUUACAUAGGAAAGUAGAGUAAGUAAGGCAAAAUACAAAUUUGCUGAAACUGACAACUGUGUAAUGAGAAAUAGCCAUUUUACCUUUGAUCUGAAACUGAAUGCUUGAUUUUUAUACUCUAAUGGUGAAAUUUUUCAUUGCGUUGACGCAAAUCUUUUUAGGGCAAAGUAUUGAAUUUUCUUGUCUAACAGUACCACUCUACCUUAACUUUUGGAGUGACAUAUUUGGUGUAUAGUUCUAUAUUUACCUGAGCAUAUAUACUUAAGCGUUCUUAAGACAUUUUCUCCGAAGCCUUAAUUAAAGGCUGUAAGCUAUAAUAUGAACUGAAUGGGUAUGCAUUGUGGCGCCUAGGGUAUACGAAGUCGUUUUUGACUGGAGUGCAUAGCUUUGGGGAGCUCAAAAGGAAGUCACAAAUUUCUUCUGCAGAUGCAAUGCAUUUCUUUCUUUCUAAAAUUGCCAUGGUUUUUAGUUGUACAGUAUACACUAUUGACGCAAUUCUUAUGGACAAGUUCAGCCAUAUUUUAUCAACCUCUUGUACGCAUGUAUUUUUAUCGGUAGCGUGGUACAACAUAUACGCGUUACCAUCUAUGUUCAGUCGAUAAUUCAUACAAGCGCAUUGUUGCACUCUCAUAAAACCCUUAAACAGUAUGCCUCUUAUGGCACACCUACAUCCGUCCUGCUUUUGUGUAGUAUUUUAUUACGCUGAUGUACAUGUUCUUAAAUUCUUGCCAUGCUGUUGAACGACUCAAUCAAAAGGUCGCGUGUAGUUAUGUGUCACUCCUUGACCACCAUGUAUUUAAUGUUAACUUAUUAUGAACGUAUUGCCAUUGUAAAUAUUUGCAUUAUUUAAACCACGACGAUUCCUUUGGCCAUUGACGAAAUAAAU